UGAGUGCUUUCAGGAUGGAUUACAAAUGAUGCCCACUAAUUAAAACCCCUCACCACCGGAAAAAAAGAAAAGAAAAAAAAGAAUUUUCGAAAAGGCCCCGUUUCAAUCAGCCUAGCAACCUUGUGCAAAUGUUUAUAUGCGACUGUGAUUAUUGUACCUUUGCCGUGCGAUGCAUUAAUUUCACCAGUUUAGCAAAAGGCUGCCGGAAAUAAUAACUCCCCCAUCCAGUAUGAGUAUAAAAGCUGGAUUUGGACACCGUAAUUGGCAGGAUAUCCGCGCCUAACAACCUAAGCCUCGCAGAGAAGCGGACACGGCGGUGUGCGACCUUCGGUCGGGGUCUGGUCGGGACCGCAGCGAGAACCAUGUAGGCAGGGGUUUACGAAAGUGGUGCGUCAACUGGUACGCGAUUAGGCUUUUACGUGUUCGCCGUGACGGAACCGCCUACCGUAUUUUGAUGUGCGCGAAGAGUCUAUCUUAUCGUGACCGAGUCUCGGGUGGCCUCUGGUAUUUAGGAAGUGCGGUCGAGGUAGCUUGAAGAAUCACGCGCGAGCUGAAAGAUCAAACGUUGAUAAAUGAAAAGAAGAAGACAUCUGCUUCUUGUAAGCCAAGUUCUAUGGCCUCUUGCAUUGUGUCCAGCGCGUGAGGACAGUUUCAAAGGGAAGCCAUGAGUAAUAGUCAGGACAUGCUGAUCACCUCAUCCUGCCAUCGGUGUUUCUUGGUCAAGUCUUCCCGGGACCACGUAGUCGUGGUGCCAUCUGGCUCAGGUUCACAAGACUAUCACCGACUCCUUCCCUCACUCUUCAGAGACGUCUCCACCAUCUCUACAAAGUCACUCUUGAAGCUUGUUCACGAGCUGUCGAGCAUGUUGACCGAGCAUUCGUUGCUGAUGAGGUCUCUGGGAACUCCAAAGGACGGCCUCCUGCACAGGAGCCGAAUGGGUUGCCUACAAAGCCGCGCCUGUCAGAUGAUCCACUGCAUGAAGGUGCACUUUACAGACACCUUCAGGAGCAUGGAAGUUCUCUCAAGAGCGGACUUGGCGGACCUCGGGAAAGCAUUCCGAAUAUACUUGGCUUGUCUCCACUCUCUAGAACAAGAUCUGCGACAGGCCUUUAGCCUCUUCCAGCUUUUCCCCCUCCAUCCAACUCCAGAUGGCACCGUAAAGCCGCAGUUCGUCCAUACGGGAGCCACAGGAGGGAUGGAACAGAUGUUCAGCGCCGUCUGCGAGUCGUUGCUCCUUUCAACAACCGAGCAAUUUAGGCAAGAACGGGAGAGCUGGAAGCAACUGGAGAAGCUUAUUAAGGACAUAAAGCUUCUGGACUUGUCUCUUCACAUGGACUCUGUACUGGGGCCUAUCGUUGACUAUGUAAUAUUCCACCCAGAAAUAGCAGAAUCAAGCAAUUUGAGACUGUUAAACCCAAUGUCAACAGCAUCAUCACAAGAAAGCAUUGCCAUCAAGGAAAAGCCAGCCUGCCGACUCCUCUGCCUGGUCUUCUCCAUUUUCCUGGUGGUGUGCAUCGGCGCUGGGGUCAUGAUGGCUGUGUUCUUUCUAAUUUUCUCUUAAAGUCAGUACUGUUUUAUCGCCUGCGGAAAUGGCAGGACAUUGCCUCAAUGCUCAAGCCGAAAGUGAUAAAGGUUUUUCGUCUUCUCCUUCGUUUUACUGCUCUCACGAUGGCCUUUCUCUCGACUCUGCUGCAUUGGAAGUUCACAGCACUGGUGUCCUUUCAUAGUGGUUCCAAUAGGAUGACUCUGAAUGCGACGGUAGCAAACCUGAGUCGUGGUGAACGUUACUUGUAGCCAGUGAGUCAUAACCGUAGACCGCAAACUUUUUAGGAGCCCUUGCCUGCAGUUAGGAUGCAACAGUACACAUUUCAGUGCCUCCGUUGAAGCAUUCAUUGCUUUGAAUAAGGAGAGGGUGUAUUUUGAAGAAGUUUUUUUUUUUUUUAGAGGAAGCGAAACCUCAAGAAACACAGUCCUAAAUGUCUGCUGUGUGGGCAGGACUUUACUACCGUUAUUCUUUGUCAUUUGGAAAGUACACCAGUUUUUUGUCGUCCUACAUAAAGAUAGUAUUAUAGUUUUA